ACCGACGCGUAUACAAUACAUAUUUACACACACUAUCAAUAAGAUGUUUAGUAAAUGUAAUUAUUAUAACAUUGAUAAACUUGACAUGAAUGUUAUCUUGGGUUAAUUAACGUAACUACAAUCAGAUCACCAACAGCUUCAAACUGAACCACUCGUGUUAGUUUGUGAAAUUAAGUGUAAUAUUGAAAUGGAGAAAUAUAUCAGUGUACAAGAUAUUGAAAAUGCGGCGCUUGCUCGCCUGCCGAGGAACGCCCGAGACUACUAUAAGAGCGGGGCCACUGAAGAACAAACACUGGGAGAAAACCGAUCUGCCUUCCGAAAACUGCGCAUCCGUCCGAAGUGCCUGAUCGGCGUGUCGGACUGCGACCUGUCCACGACGGCGCUGGGCGCGCGCGUGGCGCUGCCCGUCGGCGUGUCGCCCACCGCCAUGCAGCGGAUGGCACAUCCUGAAGGAGAGUUGGCUAAUGCUAGAGCGGCCCAAGCGGCGGGCACCAUCUUCACACUGAGCACAAUAUCCACCAGCUCCAUCGAGGAGGUGGCCGAGGCCGCGCCCGACGCCGUCAAGUGGUUCCAGCUAUACAUAUACAAGGAUAGGGAAGUGACAAAGCGGCUGGUGCAGCGCGCUGAGAAGGCGGGCUUCAAGGCCAUCGCGCUGACGGUCGACACGCCGCUGUUCGGCAUCCGGCGAGCGGAUGUCAGGAACCAGUUCGCACUGCCCGGACACUUGAAGCUAGCAAACUUUGAAGGAAUGAUGUCAAAUAAAAUUAACAGUUCGAGCAACGGGAGCGGCCUGAACGAAUACGUGCGAGACUUGUUCGACAAGUCACUCACGUGGGAUGAUAUUGCGUGGUUGAAGAGCAUCACAAGUCUCCCGAUAGUGGCGAAGGGCGUGCUACGCGGGUGCGACGCGGCGCGGGCGGCGCGCGCGGGCUGCGCCGCCGUACUCGUGUCCAACCACGGCGCCAGGCAGCUGGACGGGGUGCCCGCUACCAUCGAAGCAUUACCUGAAAUAGUGGCUGCGGUGAAGAACUACAACGUGGAGGUGUACAUGGACGGCGGCGUCAUGACCGGCACCGACGUCUACAAGGCGCUGGCGUUGGGCGCUAAAAUGGUGUUCGUGGGCCGGCCGGCGCUGUGGGGGCUGACGGUGGGCGGGCAGGCGGGCGUGGCGCGCGUGCUCGACAUCCUGCGCACCGAGCUAGAGUACACGCUGCAGAUAGCUGGAACCCCCACUAUUGCGGAUAUUACAAGAGAUAUGGUCCGUCACGAGUCUGAAUACGCUAAGCUAUAAGAAGGAAAAUAAAAAUAUCCAGUGUACAAAG